ACAGCCCGCAACCAACAAACAACAACACUGAUCACCACCAGCGGAUAUGCUGACAAGUGUUGUGGCGAGUGUGGUGGAGUGGGCGCAGAGCCGCCCCUUUCUUGCCUUCAGCGUGGCCGUGCCCACGGCGCUGUACCUGUUUGAUGAGGUGUACGUGCACAGCCGGCGCGUCGCCGCCACGCGCGUGGACACCCUGCCUGAGCGCUUCUCUGCCCUGAUGACCCAGUCCGACUUUGUGAAGGCCCGCAACUACCGCCUUGACCGUCUCAACUUUGCUUUCUGGCACAAUGCGUUUUCGUUCACCACGUCCAUGGCCAAGCUUGUGCUUGGGUGGCUGCCAUUCGUGUGGGGUGUCUCUGCGAACGUGCUUGAGUGGGCCGGCUUUGAGGCAUCCGCUUCUCCGGGGCUGCACGCGUUCCUCUUCUUCCAGAUCAUGACCUUUGCUGAUCAGAUCAUGCAUCUCCCAUGGACCAUCUACCACACCUUUGUCCUCGAGCAGAAACACGGCUUCAACAAACAGACUGCAGGCUUCUUCAUCAAGGACCAGCUGAAGGGGACUGUGCUCACGUCUGUGCUCAUGUUCAUGUUUGUGCCGGCCUUUGUGCGCAUCAUCGUGUGGGCCGGGGACGCCUUCUACUUCUACGCCUGGCUCUUCUCCAUGCUCUUCAGCCUCUUCACCAUCUCCGUCUACCCAGACUUCAUCGCCCCGCUCUUUGACAAGUACACCGACCUCCCCACCGGCCCCCUGCGCACCGCCAUCGAGGCGCUUGCAUCCUCCCUCGACUUUCCGCUCACCAAGCUGCUGGUGGUGGAGGGCUCCAAGCGCUCUGCCCACAGCAACGCCUACUUCUUCGGCUUCUUCAAGAACAAGCGCAUUGUGCUCUUCGAUACACUCAUGGGCCCGGACUCUGGCGUGCCCAAGGACGCGGUGCCGGCAGCAGCAGCGACCAACAGCAGCAGCGAUAGCAAAGGCUGCACCGUGCCUCAGAUCACCGCUGUUGUUGCACACGAGCUUGGCCACUGGUACCAUAACCACGUGCUGAAGGGGUUUGUGCUGCAGCAAGGCAUUCUCCUCGGCAUGCUCUGGGGCAGCGGCCUCCUCCUCCACAACCAGUGGACACUGGUGGUGCAGCUCAGCUUUGAUCUCACUCAACCCUGUGUUUGCUUGCAACAAGACUACUCUGCGCUGCAACAGCGCAUGAACAUGGUGGUGGCCGCAUCCAAAUACGCCCGUGCAACGACGGCGGAGGAGCUGAUGGCAACUAACGAGCUCAAGCGUGGGUACGUCCGAGACGCAUCAGAGAUGAUGGAUGAUGACGAUGACGAAGAUGAGGAAGAAGCGGCUGCCAACCUGCCCCAGAAGCAAGGCCGCAAGCUGCAGUGA